GAUGGGCGCCGCGGGACGCAGGAUGCGGGGGGCGCCCGCGCGCCUGCUGCUGCCGCUGCUGCUGCCGUGGCUGCUGCUUUUGACGCCCGAGACUCGGGGCGCGCCCGGCUGCCCGAUCCCCAUUCGCAGCUGCAAGUGCUCGGGGGAGCGGCCCAAGGGGCUCAGCGGCGGCUCCCCCAACCCGGCGCGCAGGAGGGUGGUGUGCGGCAGCGGGGACCUCCCGGAGCCUCCCGAUCCCGGCCUUCUGCCGAACAGCACCGUUACCCUGCUCUUGAGCAACAACAAGAUCACCGGCCUCCGGAGCGGAGCCUUCCUGGGACUGUCCCUGCUGGAGAAAUUGGACCUGAGAAGCAACGUCAUCAGCACGGUGCAGCCCGGCGCCUUCCUGGGUCUGGGGGAGCUGAAACGCUUGGACCUCUCCAACAACCGGAUCGGCUGUCUCACCUCCGGGACCUUCCAGGGCCUCCCCAGGCUUCUCCGGCUAAACGUAUCUGGAAACAUCUUCUCCAGUCUGCAGCCUGGGGUCUUUGAUGAGCUGCCCGCCCUUAAGGUGGUGGACUUCGGCACCGAGUUCCUGACCUGCGAUUGCCGCCUGCGCUGGCUGCUUCCCUGGGCCCGCAACCACUCCCUGCAGCUGUCGGAGCGCACACUCUGUGCCUACCCUAGCGCCCUGCAUGCCCAGGCCCUGGCCGGCCUCCAGGAGGCCCAGCUGCGCUGCGAGGGGGCCCUGGAGCUACACACACACCACCUCAUCCCAUCCCUCCGCCAAGUGGUCUUCCAGGGCGACCGGCUGCCCUUCCAGUGCUCGGCCAGCUACCUGGGCAACGACACCCGCAUCCGCUGGUACCACAACCGGGCCCCCGUGGAGGGUGACGAGCAGGCGGGCGUCCUGCUGGCCGACAGCCUGGUCCACGACUGCACCUUUAUCACCAGCGAGCUGACCCUGUCUCACAUCGGCGUAUGGGCCUCAGGCGAAUGGGAGUGCUCCGUGUCCACGGCCCAGGGAAACGCCAGCAAGAAGGUGGAGAUCGUGGUGCUGGAGACCUCGGCUUCCUACUGCCCUGCUGAGCGCGUCGCCAACAACCGCGGGGACUUCAGGUGGCCGCGAACUCUGGCUGGCAUCACAGCCUACCAGUCCUGCCUGCAGUACCCCUUCACCUCGGUGCCCCUGAGCGGGGGAGCUCCUGGCACCCGAGCCUCCCGCCGGUGCGACCGAGCUGGCCGCUGGGAGCCGGGGGACUACUCCCACUGUCUGUACACCAACGACAUCACCCGGGUGCUCUACACCUUCGUGCUGAUGCCCAUCAACGCCUCCAACGCGCUGACCCUGGCCCACCAGCUGCGAGUGUACACGGCUGAGGCCGCCAGCUUCUCUGACAUGAUGGACGUCGUCUAUGUGGCUCAGAUGAUUCAGAAGUUUCUGGGUUAUGUCGACCAGAUCAAAGAGCUGGUGGAGGUGAUGGUGGACAUGGCCAGCAACCUGAUGCUGGUGGACGAGCACCUGCUGUGGCUGGCCCAGCGCGAGGACAAGGCCUGCAGCGGCAUCGUGGGCGCCCUGGAGCGCAUCGGGGGAGCCGCCCUGAGCCCCCACGCCCAGCACAUCUCUGUGAACUCGAGGAAUGUGGCCUUGGAGGCCUACCUCAUCAAGCCACACAGCUACGUGGGCCUGACCUGCACGGCCUUCCAGAGGCGGGAGACGGGUGCACCUGGCACACGGCCCUUGGGCCCCGGCCAGAGCCCAUCGCCCGAGCCGGAGCCCCUGGCCGACCAGCAGCUCCGCUUCCGCUGCACCACCGGCAGGCCCAACGUGUCUCUGUCGGCCUUCCACAUCAAGAACAGCGUGGCCCUGGCCUCCAUCCAGCUGCCGCCCAGCCUGUUCUCGUCGCCCCCGGCGGCCCUGGCACCCCCGGCGCCCCCAGACUGCACCCUGCAGCUGCUCGUCUUCCGCAACGGCCGCCUCUUCCGCACUCUGGGCAACACCUCCCGCCCCGGAGCCGCGGGGCCUGGAAGGAGGCGUGGCGUGGCCACCCCUGUCAUCUUUGCGGGGACCAGUGGCUGCGGCGUGGGGAACCUGACCGAGCCGGUGGCCGUCUCGCUGCGGCACUGGGCUGAGGGGGCCGAGCCCGUGGCGGCCUGGUGGAGCCAGGAGGGGCCGGGGGGGCCCGGGGGCUGGCGCUCCGAGGGCUGCCAGCUGCGCUCCAGCCAGCCCAACGUCAGCUCCCUGCACUGCCAGCACCUGGGCAACGUGGCCGUGCUCAUGGAGCUGAGCGCCUUCCCCAGGGAGGCGGGGGGCUCCGGGGCGGGGCUGCACCCCGUCGUGUACCCCUGCACGGCCCUGCUGCUGCUCUGCCUCUUCUCCACAAUCAUCACUUACAUCCUCAACCACAGCUCCAUCCACGUGUCCCGGAAGGGCUGGCACAUGCUGCUGAACCUGUGCUUCCACAUGGCCAUGACCUCCGCCGUGUUUGCAGGAGGCAUCACACUCACCAACUACCAGAUGGUCUGCCAGGCGGUGGGCAUCACCCUGCACUACUCUUCAUUGUCCACACUCCUCUGGAUGGGCGUGAAGGCCCGCGUCCUCCACAAGGAGCUCACCUGGAGAGCAACCCCCCCACCAGAAGGGGAUGCUGCCCCGCCUGCCCCCAGACCCAUGCUGCGGUUCUAUCUGAUAGCAGGAGGGAUCCCGCUCAUCAUCUGUGGCAUCACAGCCGCUGUCAACAUCCACAACUACCGAGACCACGGCCCCUACUGCUGGCUGGUGUGGCGCCCGAGCCUAGGCGCCUUCUACAUCCCGGUGGCUUUGAUUCUGCUCAUCACCUGGAUCUAUUUCCUGUGCGCAGGGCUGCGCUUACGGGGUCCCCUGGCACAGAGCCCGAAGGCGGGCACCGGCCGGGUCUCCCUGGAGCCGGGGGAGGAGCUGAGGGGUUCCACCAGGCUCAGGAGCAGCGGCCCCCUCCUGAGUGACUCGGGUUCCCUCUUGGCGGCUGGAAGCACAGGGGUGGUGACGCCCGGGCCCCCGGAGGACGGCGACGGCCUCUAUUCUCCGGGGGUCCAGCUGGGGGCGCUGGUGACCACGCAUUUCCUCUACCUGGCCACGUGGGCCUGCGGGGCGCUAACGGUGUCGCAGCGCUGGCUGCCCCGAGUGGUGUGCAGCUGUCUGUACGGGGUGGCAGCCUCCGCCCUGGGUCUCUUCGUCUUCACCCACCACUGUGCCAGGCGCAGGGACGUCAGGGCCUCCUGGCGCGCCUGCCGGCCUCCGGCCUCGGCCCCCCGCGCCUCCCCCCGGGCUGCGCCUACCGGCCCCGAAGACGGGUCCCCGGUGUUCGGAGAGGGACCCCCGUCUCUUAAGUCGUCCCCGAGCGGCAGCAGCGGGCACGCGCCGCCCCCGGGGCCCUGCAAGCUCACCAACCUGCAGCUGGCGCAGAGCCAGGCGUGCGAGGCGGGGGCGGCGGCCCGCGGGGAGGGGGAGCCCGAGCCCCCGGGCCCCCGGGCCGGCCUCGGCCCGCGCCACCCUAACAACCUGCACCACGGCCGCCGGGGCCACAAGAGCCGCGCCAAAGGGCACCGUGCGGGGGAGGCCGGCGGCAAGAACCGGCUCCGGGCGCUGCGCGGGGGCGCGGCCGGGACGGCCGAGCUGCAGUCAAGCGAGAGCGGCAGCCCGCACCACAGCCCGUCCGAGAGCUACCUGGGCAGCAGCCGCCACAGCCCGGGCGCCGGGCCCCGGCUCGAGGGCGAGGCCGCGCUCACGCCGUCUGAGGGCAGCGACACGAGCGCCGCGCCGCCCCCCGAGGCCGGCCGGCCGGGCCAGCGCCGCAGCGCCAGCCGCGACAACCUCAGGGGCGGCGCUCUGGAGAAGGAGAGCAAGCGCCGCUCGUACCCGCUCAACUCGGCCAGCCUCAACGGCGCCCCCAAGGGCGGCAAGUACGAGGACGUCCCCUCGAGCGGCGCCGAAGCGGCCAGCGGCGGCUGCAUGAAGACCGGCCUCUGGAAGAGCGAGACCACCGUCUAGGGUGGGCGCGCGCGCCGCUUCGGCAAGAACUGGCCGUGCGGGCUCGUGGCCCCGCUUCUCGGGGCGGGGCGGGGGGCGCCUCAGAGACGUCGAUCGGUACGCCCCCAGGUUGGAGCGGAGGUGCCUCGCUGUAGCUGGGCUCUCCAGCUGUAGUCCUGGAGGCCGGGGGCGGGGAAGGCGCAGGCCCACCACUGCGGAGAGGGCCGUCUCCCGGGGUAGCGACAGACAAUCCUUGGACCGCAGGCGGGGUAGGGUUCCGUCCCGGCCCAGGCCGGUUUUCGGCAGCACCUGCCGUCCGGGCUUGAGGGCUAAGGUCCUGCCGGUCUGCGGCGCGACCGAGAGUGGCGGGGACAGCACAGCUCGGGCGGGCCCCUUCUAAGGUACACCCGCCUCCCUGGCGGCGGCCGCCUUACUGGGAACACUGGUGAUGGAGCCUGAGUGAGGCGUUCUCGCCUAACCGCCCUCCUCUGAAGUCUCCUCUCUGUGUCCAUACCCCAGAGCCUCUCUCACCCCGACUCUGGCUAACUAGGGAGCCUAGCGGAUGCGCCAGGUGACCAGGACAAGCCGGAGGGAACAGGUGCUGCUUUUUGGAAUUAACUAUGCAAGAGGAGGGGUGGCGUGUGAAAGGCAGCUGCCGGGAUCAACCAGCUCUCUGGGAGGGAGGGAGGGAGAGGGGCAGGUGGAAGGGUGCAGGAUUAGGGCUGGAGGCCAUCCCCACGGAACUGGGACAAGAACCACAUGGCAGGAUUCAGAGGGGGCACUUCAGGACAAAGCUAAGGCCCCACACCUAAGACGCUGACUGCCAGGCACCUGGGGAGGAUGGGAGGAUAGCAGAGCUAGUACUUCCAUUUGGGGCUGAAGGUAGUCCUGCCUCAAACCUAGUCCUACUGAAAAAAACGCUCUGAAGAGGGGCGCCACUGCCAAGCUGCAGGCGGUGCUGGAAAAGCACUUACUGUUAAUCGCAGAGCCCAUAUCCCCAGUCUCAGCCUUCCACCUCCCAGGGACUAAGAGCCCUCCCCACCUCCAUGAAGUCAGACAGGAGAACCUUAUCGAUGAUCUGAUGUCUAGGUCCAUUUUAGAAACCUCCAAAAAAUCAAACCAGCUUCCUGCCCCACUGAAGCCCAAACCAAAUCCCCAAGGCAAAGGGUAGGGCCCCUGCAAAUCACCUGGGACCUGUGCCUCCACUACUUUUAAACACCAGCACUCAUAUUUUCCCCAACCUAGAGCAACCACCAGCCUUUGAUUACAGCACACAAUGAAAGUGGAGGGAACCUUGGGCCUCAUGCAAAGCAACAGGGAAACUCAGCCCAGUGUCCAUGUCACUCCAGCCUGAUCGCCAAGGCGAGAGCAGACAGACAGGGGAAAGGAAGAAAACCCACAUGCCCUGAGAUGGAUCCUGUUAUUUAUGCUUGCUGCACAGAUAAUAUUAGACAGAAAAAAAAAAAAAGGCAAAAAAAAAAGCUUCAUAUUAUUCUUCCACGUAUGCUGGCUGCUGUUUACAUACCCCGCCAAUGCCUUAGCACUGGAGAGCUUUUUGCAAUACGCUGGGGAAAGGGGAGGGAGGGGAUGAAAAGUGCCAAAGAAAACAUGUUUUUAAAAGCUCGGGUUUUAUACAAUAGAAUGUUUUCUAGCAGAUGCCUCUUGUUUUAAUAUAUUAAAAUUUUGCAAAGCC